AUGAAGGUUCUGGCUUGGAACUGCCGUGGUCUUAAUAACUCUGCGUCGCUUCAGGCGCUGAAGCUGUUGAUCCAACAACAGAAACCCUCGAUCAUUUUUCUUUCGGAGACGAAGGUGGAUGAUUGGAACUAUCUGAACGAUCUGCGACUGCAGAUUGGAUAUCUUAACUGUGAAGCAGUCUUCAGUGAAGGGCAGAGCGGAGGUGUGGCUCUGUUUUGGGGAGAUGAACUGGAUAACAGGUUCCGUUCUAAGAGUCGAAACCAUGUUGAUGUUGAGGUGCGUGAGACGGAUGGUUCCGGCAUUGCCUGGCGGUUAACUGGGCUAUACGGUCACCCUUCUACUGCUGAUCGUUACCGAACGUGGGAUUUGCUUCGUUCUUUAAGCGCUGAGUGUGCACUACCUUGGGUGGUGGUGGGAGAUAUGAAUGAGCUCCUUCAUGCCUAUGAGAAAGAAAGGGGGGCAGUGCGUAGGGAAGGCCAAAUGCAGCCCUUCCGGGAUUGCUUGUCGGAGUGUGAUCUCUAUGAUUUAGGAUUUCAAGGGCAGCCAUUCACAUGGAGUGGUCCAGGUAUGCGCAGCCGUCUAGAUAGAGCUGUAGCCACUGCAACAUGGAUGGAUGUGUUCACCGCAGCCAGGGUUGUGCAUUUGCCUCCAGUUCAUGGUGACCACAUUCCAAUUUUGUUAGGUGUUCAUCGUGGUAAUCUCCCCACUGUGGAACGUCGUCAAUUCCAGUUUCGGUUUGAGAGUUUCUGGACUUUGCAUGUUGAUUGUCAGGACGUGGUGCGUCAGGGUUGGGAGAUGACAGCAGAAGGUUUGCCUAUGCUUCAAGUCAAGAAGAAGCUAAUGCAAACUCGUUUCUCUCUAAAUCAGUGGCAGCGUGUCACAUUUAGGGCAAGGAGUCGUGAGUUUGGGUACAUAAGGGACAGAUUGCAGAUCCUUUAUCUGCCUAUGACUCAGGAUUCUAUGAAAGGAAUGGAAGAGGUUGUCUUGCGUUACUUCACUAGACUGUUUAAGGCAAAUGAUAUUAACUAUAUUCAUAUGCAGAGUGUGGUUGAAUUGGUGCAACCAAAGGUGACUGCGGAGAUGAAUGCUGAUUUGUGUGCUCCAUACUCGGCAGCUGAGAUAAAAACUGCUCUCUUUCAGAUGUAUCCUACGAAGGCCCCUGGUCCUGAUGGGAUGCCACCUUUAUUUUUUCAAAAAUAUUGGGAGAUUGUGGGAAGUGAUGUAGUGUCUGCUGUUCAACUCUUUUUGCAUACUGGUCAAUUUCUUGGUGAGAUUAACUAUACACAUAUUUGUUUAAUUCCAAAGGUAAAGGAUCCUGUUUCGGUAUCGGAUUUGAGGCCUAUAGCUUUGUGCAAUGUGUUGUACAAAAUAUGUUCUAAAGUGAUUGCUAACAGGCUUAAGAAAAUUUUGUCGCAUAUUAUCUCUCCAUUUCAGAGCGCUUUUAUUCCAGGCAGGUUGAUUACAGACAAUACUCUGGUGGCAAAUGAGGUGUCUCAUUUUAUCCAUAACUGUUACUCUAGCUCAGAGGGUGUUUUUUCUUUGAAGUUGGAUAUGAGCAAAGCAUAUGAUCGGAUGGAAUGGAGUUUUCUAGAAGCGGUGCUGUACAGAUUAGGCUUUGAUGAGAAUUGGAUUGGAGUUAUCAUGAAAUGUGUCACUACUGUGAGGUACUCUUUUUUGAUUAAUGGCCAACCAAGAGGUUAUCUAACUCCUACCAGAGGACUCCGGCAAGGGGACCCCUUGUCACCAUAUUUAUUUUUACUAUGUGCUGAGGUUUUCUCUGCUCUACUGGCACGUAAAGUUACUCAUGGUGAGCUACAGGGGAUCAAAAUUUGUGAGGGUGCUCCGAUAAUUCACCAUCUUCUCUUUGCUGAUGAUAGUCUUCUUUUUGGGAAGGCCACUCUAAGUGAAUAUCAGCAUAUACAAUCUGUUUUGAAUGCUUAUGAGUUGGCAUCUGGUCAACAGAUUAACUUUGCUAAGAGUAGCAUUGUGUUCAGCAAGAGAGUUCCUGAGGCUGAUAAGCUUUCUUUGGCAAGUUUUUUGGGUGUGGCCAUUGAAGUCAAGCAUGAGAAAUAUCUGGGACUUCCUACUUACUUGGGGAGGAAUUGGACUGAAACUUUUGCUUAUAUAAAAGAACGCUUGAGUAAGAAACUAGCUGGUUGGCAAGGUAAGCUCUUGAGUGGAGCUGGCAAAGAUUUGUUGGUUAGGGUGGUAGCGCAAGCUCUACCAUCCUAUGCUAUGAGUUGUUUUUUACUUCCAAAUAAUUUUUGUGAUGAUCUACAUCAAAUGUGCGCUAAGUUUUGGUGGGGCAGCAAACCUAAUGAAAGAAAAAUUCAUUGGAUGUCAUGGGAGCGUCUUUGUCGCUCCAAAGAGGAGGGUGGAAUGGGUUUCAGAGAUUUGCAUGCUCAUAAUUUAGCCUUGCUUGCCAAGCAAGGAUGGAGACUGAUUCGGUAUCCGGGUUCUUUGGUGAGUCGGUUAUUUAAAGCUCGUUAUUUUCCACACUCUUCUUUUUUAAAUGCUACUACACCUACUCAUGCUUCUGCUUGCUGGAGAGGAAUAUUUGCUGCUAAAUCAGUGUUACAAGCGGGUCUUAGAUGGCAGGUUGGAAACGGUACUUCCAUUCGGAUUUGGGAUGAUCCUUGGAUUCCAAGGCCGAAUUUGUUUCGUCCAAUAAGGUAUGGUCCCUCUCCUCUGGUGUUAGUUAGCGAUCUGAUGGUGGAUGGUCAUUGGAACAAAGAGCUUAUUUCUGAAAAUUUUCAUGCGGAUGAAGCUUUACUAAUUUGCUCCAUUCCGCUUAGUAGAAGCAUUGUUCCGGAUAGACUAAUUUGGCAUUUUGAUAUGAAUGGUCUGUUUACUACAAAGAGUGCAUAUAAAAUUGCCUUUGCUUCACUACAUCUGGUGCUCAUUAGUGGCUCUUCCUCUAAUUCCAAUCCGAGUCAUUGGAAGUUUAUUUGGGCAGCUCCUAUCCCUGGAAAGGUUAAGGUACAUGUUUGGAAAGUUUGUGCUUCUAUACUCCCAACUGCUUCUCAACUCAGAAGUAGAAGAGUCCCAGUUGAGGAUGGUUGUUUGUUCUGUAACUCGGAAGAGGAGACCCUAUCUCAUGUUAGUAGGGAGUGUUGUUUUACGCGUGAUGUCAUUGGGUUGGCACCAGAUUUGCUUCUGGUUUUGCAUACUCCACCUAGCUCUUUGCUAGAUUGGCUUGCUCUAUGUUAUACUCUAGUCACACCUCGUGCUUUUGCUUUUUUGCUGAUGUUGUUAUGGGGAGUGUGGAAAGAGAGAAACCAACGACUUUGGGUUGGGAAGGGAAGGACUGUGCAGCAGGUCUUUUGUCAUACUACUUCUAUAUUGCAUUCAUAUGUGGUAGCCAGACAUAGUGUGACACCUAGAUUGGGGAGGCAGGUUAAGCCGUGGAGUAUUACUCCUGCAGGUUGGCUUAAGGUGAAUAUCGAUGGUGCCUUUGAUCAAGGCACACGUCGGGGAGGGUUAGGGAUAGUAGUACGAGAUGCAGAUAGCACAGUGGUGGCAGGUGCUUGCGGUCAGUGUUCUGAUGUGUUGCAGCCACUAGUGGUGGAGGCCUUGGCAAGCAGAUUAGCUUGCAAGCUAGUGGAGGAAAAUUCUCUAGCUCCAGUUAUUUUUUAA